GGCCAUGGCGAGGCCGCGGCACCGGAGCCGAGCCCGCGGGGCCCCGACCCAGGCGCCCCCUUCUCCGGCCGCGGGGCGGCUCCGCCAUUUCGCGGAGGGGGGCCGGUAACCGACGUGCGCGGAGCCUUCCCGGGGGGAGGGUCUCGUCCUGCGCCGCGCCAUGAGGAGAGUUGAAAUGAAUGUGCUGCCUCAAGCAGUCAUAAAAAGCCCAUUGGAGCAUCCCAGGUUCAUAGAGCAGACCGUUUGCCCACCAUUAGACUUUGCAAGGAUUCAUUUGAUCAAAGACAAAGAUGGCAUAGAUGAUUAUUUGGCGAAGAAUAUCAAAGGGUUGUCAAAACAAGAAGCUGCUGCUAACAGGAAUUCAUACAAGGAGAACAUCUGCAUAGACAUGCUGCGACAGGGUUAUCACAAGUCCUUCUCCGAGCUCUUCACUCUGAUACAGAAGUGGAAUGCCUUGAGGGAGGCUGCAGGGCCUGGGUCAGCCAUAUGGCAGCAGAAGUCCCUGGAGGAGCAGCCUGAUAAGCUGGAUCAGCUUUACCACUUCCUGACCAGGGCUGAGGCAGCCCAGCGAGCAGGGCACUAUGGGGAGGUGUAUGAUAACCAGCUUAACUUGGCCUACUGUUUCAAUGACCCUGAGGACAAAUGGUUAAGGAAUUACUUUUAUGAACGAUGCUUUAACACUGCUCAACUAAUAAAAACUGAUGGUGGGAAAAGACGAGCACAAGCACAUGCACACGUGGGCCUCAUCAAUGAGGAACAAGGUCAUGUCAUGAAGGCUGCUGAGCAUUUUGAAGCAUUUUAUCAAUUAACAGAGGGCUCAACAUGGAAGGAUGAGACAGGCCGUACUUACAAUUCACUGGCAUGUGAGCACCUUUGGAGAAUUUAUACAUUACUAGCAGACAAAAUGCUAGAAAACAAAGAACAAGAACAGGCCAUCAAAAUGCUAAGAAAAGCUUUCAGAAUGGCAAAAGAAGGAGGUGAUAAAAAGAUGGAAGGAGAGGCUGCAUAUUGCUUAAGUUUGGCGUAUCAUUUUGCUGGAGAAGAAAAGACAGCAUUAUCAAUUUUGAACACCUCUGUAAAAAUAUUCACAGCACUGUGUGAUUCUUCUGGCCUAGGAAGAGCAUAUGAAAUGAUAGCCAAGAUCCUCGUAAGUCAAGGAAAAGUAGCUGAAACUCUUACGUCCUUGGAAGAGUUUAUGAAGGUUGCUGAGAAUGCUCAUCUAAGCCAAAGCCUGGCAGAUGCAUGUGUAUUGCUUGGGAACAUUUACAAUGAAAGAGGGAAUUACAAUAAAGCUUUUGAAUAUUUCACUAAAGCUUUUGAGGCAGCAAGCAUUUUAAAUAAUUUGCCCUUAGAGGAGGAAACAAAGACUUACUGUGGCAUUGCGAAGACUCAUAAACUGAUGGUGGCGUUUAACAGCUAUAUAGAAGCAGAAGAUCCUGUCAGUCUCAAGUACCUGCUGGCAUGGAAGGAGAACAGAAGUGACAUGUGCACUGACCCUCUCACAGUCGAGCUUGAUAAAGAAACAAGUGAUUCAAAGCCCCUGUGAGCCUAUUCCAGAGACACAAAUUCUAGAGAACACCUGCUUGCUUACAGAGAAGCUCAUAGAUGUCUAUUAUAAAAACUGGAAGAUCCUUGAAGACUCAUGUAACAAAGUAAGGAUUUUGGUGGAAAUUCUGUCACUUAAGUGGGUGCGCAGUGGUGCAGUAUAAAUAUCUGAGAGCUCUAAGUUCUUGUCUGUCUGAAGGGUGGCCUCAUCUUUUUUAUGAAAAGUAGCUAGUGUCAUUGAAAUAAAUACAAAAGGAAAAGAAUAAUACAGAACAGAAUGUCUGUUGUUUGUGCCACUAAUGCUUAUUGUCUUCCAAAGUGUCGAGAUCCUCCCAUUAAGAUACCAAACAUCCUUUAUGUCUGCUGAAGUGAAUAUGAAUCCAAGAUGCUCAAUACCUUGGAAGAUCAAUUUCUAAAUGUCUAAAAUAUUUGCUUUAAAUCCCAAAUUAUUGCCCCAUUCAGGAAAAACAAAUAAACGAACAACAACAACAAAAAAAAAACAACCUACAAGCUUGAUGCCUUAUAUCUAGAACUAUCAGUGAUUUUUAGCUUCUGUGCUUAACAGUUGUGGCUCAACAAUGACCGGAAUAGAAUAGAUCCAGCCUGGGUGGCCCACUGUGGUGCAAUUUUGAUCUUGUCUGUAAUGCAGGUCAAACCCAAACAGAACUAAGUUUCUUUAAAAUCUGGUUGAGCACACUUAAGAAACUGCUGAAAAUCUGUACAACCAAAGCAUUUGUAAUGCCAUUGACUGUCUCAAGUGAAACAUCAAUCUAUAGGCACAGCUGAAAUGAGUAUAUUUAACAAUGAAAGUGCAUCUGACAGAAUACCUGUAUGUCGCCUUUUCAACACGGAAAAUGAAAUUUCCCUUUUAGUAAAGCCUGUGUUCAUUCACGCAAUCUGGAAAAGUAAAAAUCUGCACAAACUCUUUCUGAUAAAUAAUCUGAAUCACUGAUUGUAGAGGGUGUGUGGAGAAUUGUCUCCUGUUUUGAGGUGCUGACAUUCUUGGCUGUGUUCCACCCAUGACCCACAGCAGUCUGACUCCUGUGGUCUUCACCAUUCUCAGGGGGCAUUUCCCAGCCACUGUCACUGCUGGCCCCAAGAACAGUUAAAGGACAGAAGAUGGUGGUUAUUGACUCACAAAAUAUAUGUCAAAGCAGGAUUUGGAACCUUUGGAUUUUAUUUAGGAAAAUUCAUGCAAGCUUUUUUAAUUUCAUAUAUUAGAAAAUCUUUCUUUUGAGCUACGUAAACAAAGCUUUAUGAAUCCCCAUAAUUGAUCUUUCCUGUCUUUAAACGGAGGUUUCCGGAGUCAGAGUUUGAAGCAAGCUCCAUUAGACCUGUAAUCAGUUUUUAUGACAGUCUUUGAGCAAGCAAUAGCUUUUGCUAUAGUAAUAACUCAAUUCACUGGUUUUCUUCAGGGUUGCAAUUUGAGUAACUGGUUGACAUGUGACAAUAGGAUUUCUCCCUGUUAAGGCAUGGUGAAAAAUACAUCAUUAACUAGCUCUUAUUAGAUCAUUUUUGAUGAAGAUGCUGUGUGCUUACAAUGUAAACAAAUACCUGUGGCAAUACUUUUGUUCUUUUAGUUAGAGGUCUUUAUUUUCUGAAUCCAAGGCUCAUGACAACGAUUUUAAUUUAGAAUGUUUCUAGAAGGAUGAAAAUUUUUAUACGAAUAUUCCUACACACAAUUAUGCACAUACAUAAGCAUACAAAUUUACUGAGUGUUAAAGAAGGUAAACGUUUUAUGAAUACAAGGAAGGGGAACAGGACCAUGAAUUAGGUAUAAACAAUAACAGUAUACAGUUUAUCCCUCAUAUUUUAAUGCUGUUGAUGUGAAAGACCAAAAAUACUAGAAAAACAACACAGCAACUGGAAAUAACACCUGAAAAUCACAUUAAUCUGCAAACUCUUCUAGUCCUGAUAAAACAUAGCAGGACUUCUUUAACAGGAUGCUGGUUUUAGAUAUUUGUAAUUUCUUUUAUCAGAAAGUUGUUGAAAAGAAUGGGAUAUGUGAAUUUAUCAUUCAUACUGGGGAAAAAAUGUAUAAAAAUACUGUAUACCAAGCUGACAUUCUAGAAAAGCUGAUUAUCAUUUUUUCAAGGGCAAGUUUCUAAAUUCAUAUGGCUUUUGAACCUUAUGUACAUUUUUACAACAACCAAACAUUAUAUGUAUGCGCCCCAAAAGUUGUUAUGCAUCUAUAUUAAAUAGCAUCCAUGAUCAUCAGUAUUCUUUGCAAAUCUGAACUCAUUGCUAAGUGAUAACUUUUGUAUGCUGGUGAGGAAAUGGUCACAAAUUCUUCCUCUAGAGCAUUAGCUCUCCCAUACUUCCUAACAAUACUUGUUAGUCACAAAGCUUUUAAUAAAAAUAAGGGGAUUUUUAUCAUCCUAUAAUGAUGCAAAUACAAGCUGUGUUCUUCAGAGUCAGGAAGCUCCUGGAUAAAAUGUUGUUUAUUGAGCUAAAUGUACCUGCCUCCCAUCCCAGUAACUAUUUGUCUGACGAGUAGCUGUCUGGCUGGCAGCAUGUAGCUAUUGUUCUGCUCCUUGCAGACUUUUUUUAGUGGAAAAACAAUGGCUGUGCUUUCCACUUCCAAUCAAUGGGGCAAGGUGGUUAGACAGAGUGUAGUUCCGUACAUUAUAGUUUGGAUGGGUUCCUGGAUUGAGCCUCUCAGCUGUUAGAAACAGUCAGAGCUCUGUGGCUAGUGGACAGGCCUCGUCCUAACAUCCCACAUGCUCCAGCUGAAAGCACAGCUCUCACCAUUGCUUGGCUGCGCUAGUGACUCACGUCUGCUUCAGAAGGAUCACCACUGACUGAAUUACCAGUGCUUCUUCCAACGCCGCUUGUCUUUGGUGAUCUCUUGCCAGACAUAGUCCUGCUCCUAAGAUCCUAAUGAGAUCAGAGCUCCAAUUAGUUCCAAUUAGGGAACUUUGGUUCUUCCUCUCUUUAUGCGAAGGAGACUAUGAUUUCUUUAAGGAGCUCCUCGUAUGGAACAGAAUUUUUUUCUGCUCUGCCGGGUUCAUUAUCAUUGCUACCGUUCCUCCACGUUUUUCUAAAAAGCCUCUAAUUCCCUUUCCUUCAAAACAUUAUGAUCAGAAAAGAAUACUCAUGAGAGAGGUAGAACCGAGUUGCAGGCUUUUCUGUGCACUAAGAAAUUAUAGGAAUAGUUGGCUUUAAUGAAGUUAAGAAAGCAGGUAAAUCAAUGUAGCCCGUAAUGCCAGUUGUCUGGUUCAAAACAGAGACUUGUCAAACACAUUAUAGCAGAUCAGGCUCUGAAUAGUUCUGAAGUGGUAAUAUUGAUGUCUUUAAAAUCUGAGUAAUGCGUCUGCCUGUGGUAUGUGAGACCUCACAAUUAAGACUGCUUUUGGAAUAGGAUUUUAGAAGGUUUCGCUGUUAGAUGUAUCUGAUGGUAUUGAUUAACAAUUCCUAGCAGAGGGUAAGGUUGUACCUCAGAAAGGAUUCUGUUUAUAAUUAUGAAAAGCAUGUUUUCUAAUCAUUAAUAAGGUAUAUCUUGUUAAUUGUGAUGAUAUAUAAGGUAUUUCACCAUUUACCUGUGAAGCCAUUUGGAAAAUUAAUGUUUGAGUCACAGAAAGGUCAUUGCUAUUCUGGAAGGGAUCCAAUCAUCUCUAAAUAGACCAUCCAAGUGUAGACUAAGAAAUACACUAUAUAUAAUUACCUAGAAAUAGAUGGAAUAAAUAAGAUUGAUGGUAGAUAUUACUAAAGCCACAUUUUGGUUUCCUGCUAGGAAAAAGUAGACUGUAACUGGAAGAAACAAUAAUGCAUGUAAAAAUGCAAGAAAUAGGUUAAAGUCAUAAGUAGGUAUGUGAGACUCGGCUGUUACAUGAGGUCAGACCUCAGCAGCCUUCAGAAAUGGUGUACAUCAAAGAUUUUGUCUUGAGAUUUUGUGAGAUGUUUCUGAAGACAACUACAAAGAAGAGAAUGAGGACUUUUUUUUUUUAAACUGUGUCUUGUUUGACAUCAUUUCUCUAUAAUAUCUUCGUAUUUUCUACACGUAUGCCUACAGGUAGAUAAAAUGUUUGUGCUGUCUUUGAAGAUAAACAAAUAAACAUGUUAAUGAAUAUUUCCAUGUCUGAGUCUUCUUUUGACACAGGCAUAUUGCUGAAGAGUGAUCCUGAGCAUAAAGAAGCCCAGCAGCUAUGAAGGUAAAGCACGUUGCCAGGAGUUUAACCUUAGGAAAUAAACUUCUCCUUCUAAACAUUUAAGGUUUACUUUUAAAUGUUAAAGCAUAAAAGUCUAACAUAGCUCUUUGUCAAAUGAGCUCUCAAGAUCAUUUGGAUUUGGCAGAGGAGAAGAAAGAGAAAAAGGUCAAAGUGU